AUGAAACUCUUAAAACUUUUAAAAUUACUGCCCUUUUUGUUAUGUGUUAGAUGCUACUGUGCUGAUACUCACUUAAUUGGCUUUUCAGAGAAGGAGUUACUAUCAACUUUGUGUCUGUCUCUCCCACCUAAGUUUAUGAGAUGCGAAAUAUAUCCUGGUACAAAUAUAUAUGGAAAUAUUUCAUUACCUCCCGUUCCAGUUUUAAAACCUUCUUCUACUUCUGAGUCUGUUUUUGGAGUAAUGAUGUUUCCAAUAAAUGGUGGUUAUGCUACUUAUGGAGUAUUGAGUGUGAGACCCAAAUAUAAUUCAAUAACAGUUAAUAGUUUUUCAAGUUCACUUCAAAAUGUACCGGUACAAUUAAUUCAAUCGUCUGUUGCUAUGUUUGGUCUCCCAUAUCAAGCAACUAAUGUUGUACCAUCAACACAUUGUACUCUUGCUCCACUUAAUAUGCCUAGUAAUCCGUAUAGCAUAAUUUCAUUACCCAAUAUGGGAAAUAACUUCUUACAUAGGCAUGUCCCUGAAAAUAUUAUUUUAAAAGCUAAUCCUUUAAAAUCUAUGAUAAGAGAUAUGUUCUAUACAUCUUUUCUCGCUAAUUCUGAAUAUCCUGUAAAACCAACAGCUUCAUAUGGAAUGGGAUUUGAUCAUUUAGUUCCAGCAAUUGUAUGUUUUAGUAGUAACAAUCAAGCGACACGUCCAUCUGGGAACCAGCAACCCUUUUUAGGUGGUGUAUUAAUAACUGAAAGAAUUAUGGGACCUAGUCUGAGAGAUGCAAUCUCAUUCUUAAGAAGUUCCAAAUUAAAAGAAUGGGUAGAAUCAUCUAAAAGUACCAAUAUCUUUAUACAACGUAUCUCUUUCAGGUUAGAAGCUCAGUAUUCUUUAGCUCAUGCCUUUAUUGCGGCUCUCUUAACUUUACAGUACCAUUCACCUGCUGGAAGACUUUUGCAUUGUGACCUUACAACUAGAAGUAUCCACUUUGAUGGUAUCCCUUGGGAUUGGUCCAAUAAUCAAAUAGCGGAAAAUCUACAAUCUCUAACAUUCCUUUCACCUAGAAAUGUUAGAUUUUCCAACUUUGCUUAUAUGUACUCAACAUUAGAAGUUGUAGAGGAAAAAUUACGAUGUCAUCACAGUGAAAAUGACUUAUUCAGAGUUCAACAAUUCAUAAAAUCACUAUUUUAUGAUCAAUGUAAAAGAACAGAUUUUCCACCUAAUAAUACUCUCCAAAGCGUAUUUGAAAGCAUCUCAUUAAGUGUGAAAACCUGGUGGAAUGGAAUUAUAAAUAGCAUUGGAGAACCAAUUAGAAACACUACAGCAAUAGAUCAACAAUUAAUUCAAAUACAACAGAUACUGAGAGUUAUUCAUACAGAUCCAUUAGUAAUCAAUAGUAUUAAUAAAAUGGCUAACUUUGAACAAAUAACACAAGGUAUUAAAACUAUUCAUUCAGCUGUUAGUGAAGCUUUCAACAUACUCAACAGUUAUAGACGUGUUACAAGCAGGAACAGAAAUAUGGUACCAUGGUCUUAUUAUGACUUAGUACCUUUUCCGGUACAAAAGCCAAAUAAGAGAGUUCAGAGUAUUCUUAAUGGACAACUUUUAAAUGCAUAUUUUGUUCCAAGUAAUUUUGGUAUGGAACAGCAAUCUGGUAGCAUGACAGAUCUAACUACUAUAAUUGGAAUGACUUAG